CUCAAAGGCUCCCGUUCACUCUCUAAAUCUCCUUGAAUCGCAACAAAUCAGCCUCGGUGACCAGCAUCAUGUCUGACGUGCAGAAGGCUAUGGGUCUCCUAAUCACCUCCUUCAAUAAAUACUCUGGCAAAGAAGGGGACAAAUACAGCCUGAGUAAGGGGGAGCUGAAAGACCUUCUUCAGAAUGAACUGUCAGAGCUUCUGCAGAAUGCCAAUGACAAGUCAGCAAUAGACCGCAUUUUCAAGGACCUGGACACAAACAAGGACAACAACGUGGACUUUGGUGAAUUUGUCACCUUGGUGUCCUGCCUCACUCAGUUGUGCCAUGAGUACUUCGUGGACAAAAAAUAGGGAUCCAAGCGCCACCUUGGGGCAAGCAUAGGAAGCCACAUACCUGUGAAAGAGCAGUGUGUACCUCCAGCUUUUCUGAAGGACAAAAUAUUUACAACUGCUCUAAAGGCACUAACAAAAAAUUAUAAUAUCAAAUUAUGUUGUAUCACUGAAUGCAAU